AGAGACACAACACCUAGUGCAGGGUAACACAUCAACCAGGUGUUGAGACACUUAACAAACAGAACAGGACUUUGUAUCCCGAAUCUGCUUGUGCACAGAACAAAAAUGGGCUGGAAUCUGCGGGGAUUAUUUACCAUGACAAUUAUUUGCUUGUUAUUUGAAAAUGGUUAUUGCUUCAGCCUGUCGGGGUCUGGAAUGAGCGGAGAGCCUCACCCCCGGAGGGAGAAGCGUUGCUCCUGCAGCAGUAUGAGAGACAGGGAGUGCAUCUACUUCUGUCACAAGGACAUCAUCUGGGUCAACACACCAGGGAAAACCAUACCUUAUGGCUUAGGAAACCCUCGAACACGCCGCAAAAGAUUGACCCCAAGGUGCAAAUGCACAGAUUCCAAUGACAGAGUGUGUUCGCGAUUUUGCCAUUUGGGUGGAACGAAGGAUGACACCACUCUGCAGAAUAAUGACGUUACAAGUAUACAACAUCAAAACCCAUUAAAGUACCAAAGCUCAAGUUCAAAUCAAUAUCAAGAAAUAAAAAGUACACAUUUGGGUCGGAUAUUAAGACAAAUUGCACAGUCAAAUAUCCAGCUUGCUGAAAGGAAGAACUUUCCAACUAGACAGAAUCAAGUCAAUUUGACACAAGUGCAAAACCAGAAGGGGAGAUGAGCUGUUAAGACAGAGGGAGAGAGAGCCAUCUUUGGCUUCUGUUCUUCUUCCAUUGAAGGCAUGUAUGGUACAUGGAGAGAACAAGAAGAUACAAGGAAGGUGGAAGGUGCAGUCCACAAAUACUAACAAGCUGGCACUGAAUACAUAUUUCUCUGUUGGACUGCAUCACAAUUGUAAUGGGAAAGAGGGGAAGAGACAUGCAUAGAUCAUGGGAGGAAGUGGAGCUGAAAAGCUUUUCAGAAGUCUUGCUGAAAACAACACUUUGAGGUUUAGCAAGUCACUCAUGAUCUACAUAAGGACAGCAGCAUUGAUAAGAGAGGGGAGAAAGACUGGCUUUGAUACAUUUACCACAAUAUUGACAACGAUCAGCUUUAAUGAACUGGAGGCAGAAAUGAUAUCACUCUCCCGGACUGCUGUUAGGUACCAGAACUGAAAGCAGACAGACUAAAGUGAUUGGUUCUGAUAUACCUCAACUCCUAGUGUAAAAGCAUCAGUGUGGUUUUCUGUGAAGCAGAAGAGUACUUUUUCUUCUGCGAGUAGUCUUGGCUUUCAUUGGUGCAACAUGAGAGCAUCAGUUAUUGUUCUUAUGAGCUUCGACCAAGCAGGUGCUGGAGCGUAGGCAUUGGUGGCGAGGACUGAACUGCAACAAUCCUGGUUGGCACUGUGCUAGCAGCACAGAUUGUAGCUCCUAGAUGGGUCAAGUUCCUGCUCCUACUUGCCAUUUGCUGACGACCCAUUCUUAUUCUGUCGUCUUGAGCUGGCACCGCCGAGGAUGUGCCAAAGACACAAGAGGCCAGGCUGUGAUAGUUCUCCCAUAGUCAGACUGCCAAUGCUUUUUGCACAGGCUCACACCUGUGUGUGAUAAUAAAGGACAGUGGGAGCCCACGCAACUAUAGCGUGCAAGAUGGGAAGUCCGCAAUAGAGGAAAGGAAAAUCAGAUGCGGAAAUUGACACAUUUAUCAAAAACGGGUUAACCAAGUUCCACAUCUGUAUCAAAGAUAUGACAUCAUAGAUCCUAAUCACUUUGCUUUGGACACAGAAGCGCUAAUAAUAGUCUUGUUGAAGCCACAACAGUGUUGCUAUCUUUCUCCAUUAUUUCAGCACAUAUUAACCAUUUAAUGUCUCCAGUAAAACAGCAGAACAGGAAAGUAUUGUCAAUGCAUUGUACUCACUUGCCGUCACCGCUGUUUCCAGGAGGUGACUCAAAACACCAUCAGUCUCCUGAAAGUACCUCCUGAGUUUUUACUAGCAGCAGACUAGUUUUUAGAUGUCUGGUGAGAUGAAAUCUGGAACAUAGAUGUUUGGAUAUGUAUGGACAGUAAGUGAAGACUUUCGUUCCCCAUUAAUUGGCAUUAACAAUUUCAGUGUUAAAUUUAAGGGCAGGAACAAGCAGUACAGUCCAACCAUUUCAAUAGGUUAGUCUGAAAAAAAGGGAAGAAUGGAGAGAAGAUGUCUGUUGUGGGUAAUUGUGACGCAGAUAAAACAAGUAAAUAAGUUGCAGGUCAAUAACGAGACAAACGUAGGACGAUUGGAAAAAAAAGCUUUAAAUCUUAAAUGUGUCAAACAACUGAAAUUCCUGUGCAGCAAUCUCUCUGCUUUUCUCUAUCUCUCUCUGUCUUUCUCACUCUCUCUCUCUCUCUCUCUCUCUCUCUCUCUCUCUCUCUCUCAGCUGAAUCAUGUGAUCCCCUGGGGGGAAAACAACAAAAAUUACAUAAAGACACCAAGCCAACAGAGGCUGGGUGUGUGGUGGAACAGAGUGCAGAGAUCUAGGAAAUUUCUUGGGCAAUAGAAGCUAGUCCAGAAGAUCUUUCUGACCCCAAUUACAUUAAAGCAGCCUCUAUCAUAUCACUGUAUGAACAAAGAUUCCAAGGCAGGCUGUGCUGAAAGUGCAAGGUGUUUUCUAAGAUCAGAAGAUCGUGAACAGAUGUUUGACUGUUAGAUAAUCUCCAGCUGUCUGAAGAAAGUUGUGUACUAAUGGUCAGCGUGGUUAGUGGGUACUGAAGAGAAGAAAAUGGACAAAUCUAUUGAGCAGCUGACUGCUGUAUUCCUGGAGAAUAUGUUAGGUUACGCAGAAGAAUAAGAUGCAAAGGGUCUUCCUCUGAACUGUGUCGGUAACCAGUUAGUUGAAAUUCUGGUCACUUUUUCAAAGUCAGAUCUUAAAUGGGAAAUUAGUCUCAUAUCCAAGCUAGUCUUCAUCACUAGGAAAGUACUAACUGGAGAGCACAGUUCAGACCUAUAAGCAAUAAUGUUGCUGUAUAAAAUCAGUGGACACAGUGAAAAGAUCAUUCAUAAUUCACAGGCCACUGGAAGGAAAACUCAACUCUCCUGCUCUGUGUUCCAAAGCAAAGUGCCCUCCGUGUAUUCAUUUUGAGGCAUUCACUAUUUUAGCAGAGUACAAAGCUAUUGAUUCAGGACCAAUUUUAAUUUAUUACUGACGAUCUGCCUAUUACAAGGAUGUGAACAACAUUUCAAUUAUUAAUUUGCAUAUUUAAUUAAUUUAUGAUUAAUUGUAAAUUAUUGUAAUUUCCUGUACUUUGGAACUAUUGUGACUAUCCUUUAUUAAUGGAAAUAAAUAUAUUUGUUACUGCCAUUAACCAGUGUAAAGAU